AUGAAAAAGAAAAGCACUUUCUCCCCCUUUAUUACCAUCACAGAGGAGCCAUUGAGCAAGGCAUUCAACCCCAGCAACUUCAGUGGAGAUUGGCUGGUCGGCCUGACUAGAAACGGCAUCAUAGCGCCCGAUACUUUCAGUCUCCACUGGCUCUCAGCUCUGUGCACAGAAAUGGACCACACUGCCCAAGGAGGUAAAGCAUACGGUCUUCUCAAGUCUCAACAGGAGGAAAAACUGAACUCUAUCAAUGAGGCUUUUCUCUCAGAUCCCCAGUAUGCAGAAGAGGAAGACCUCAGCUCGAAGCUUGAAAUGUUUAAAAAGAAGUACAUGGAGUUUGAUCUGAAUGACAAAGGAGACAUAGAUAUAAUGGGGUUGAAGCGAAUGCUGGAAAAACUGGGAUUGGCCAAGACUCACUUAGAGCUGAAAAAGAUGAUGUCAGAGGUCACGGGAGGGACAUCCAAAGACACCUUCAGCUACCACGACUUCCUGAAUAUGAUGCUGGGAAAAAGAAAUGCAAUUCUAAAACUGAUCUUGAUGUUUGAAGGCAUGGGAAAGGACCAGGAGCAAAAAGACGUUGCACCACCUCGCCGCAAAACCUUUUCAGACCUGCCCUGAAGGAAUUUAGGAAGCAAUGGUUUUCAGAUUUACACAUCACCUAAAUGCUUUAAAAUGAAUGUCAAUUAUAUUGAAAAAUGUGCUGUUCUAAUCAAGUAAUAGAAUCUACAUAAAAUGUUGUAAAAUGUGCAAUCUGCCUUGUGUGAUUAUGACCACAAUACAAAUUCCCCAUGUUAGAGCCACCUAAAUGCUUUGUAAAUGCUAUAGUAGAGUACCACAGCAUAUGAUGUUGCUUAGUUAAUUACAAACAUGAUCCAAUGUUAGACUCUACAUGUCAGACAAAAUAACCUAAUAUUCUUUAUAGAAAUAUUAAUGUGACGGAUCACAUUUAAAACAAUUGAUGUAACAUGAAAGUGAUUAAAAGUCAUUAAAAAUGAAUGUAAAGAAAA